ACAAAAACAAUCGAUGUGUUUAUGUGGGCCGCGUACAGUCUCAACGAUCUAUUGCAAUAUAGGACGCGAAUGUAAUUCAAAUCUGAAAAGAUAACAUUAAGCCUCUCAUCUUCUGGGCCCUAUUACCUAGUAUUAAUUGCAGUAAUCGCAGCGAUAAACCUAGAGCACUAUGAUUGAUGUGGUUGGAAUAAUAUUCGCUCUGCUCGUAGCAGCUGGUGGGAUUUUCGGCUAUGUAAAAGCAGGAUCCCUUCCCUCACUGAUAGCAGGCGUAUCGUUCGGCAUCCUACUGGGAGUGGGGGCGUAUUUCAACUCCAUCCAGGAACCAAUCCCAUUGAUUCAAAUAAUCUUCCUGGUGCUGCUGGGUGGCCUCAUGGGAUUCCGCUGGAUGCGAACGGGAAACUUUAUGCCACCGGGAAUGAUCACAGUGCUGAGCGUGGCCGUAUUGGUGUGGACAUGCGUAAUCUAUCGAGACCACUUGCCGUUCGCUUCGAAACCGGAGGUUACUGAUAAUGUUCCCAAGGCUGACGAAACCGUCACCAUGAUGCAGUGAGCCAACAUGCCCGUAUAAUUGACAUCUCAUCAGGAAUCUACGCAAACUAUGUGUUUGGGAUAAUUUUAGGAUAAUGUGACAACAGUAAGACUAAUGUGUAACAGUAACAUAUGGAUUGGUUCGCAUAACAAGCUACCUAUAUACCUAUAACUUCGUCGGUAUCAAUCAUCGGACCUCCGAACAGAACAAAUUUGAGAUGCUAUAUUUUAUAAUCAUAUUUUGAAUAGUAAUAAAAAGGUUUCUUUCUGUAAGUAAAA